UUAAGACUCUGAAUAAAACAAGUAAACCAUUUAAGACCACAGAAAGUUGAAAAACGCUAAAGAAGAUAAAACACCAAACAAACACUUUCUGUAGAGUCAUGGACACGCCGGAGACCAAACCGCACGUCAUGGUGUUUCCUUUCCCAGCACAAGGCCACUUACUUCCUUUACUAGACUUAACUCACCAACUCUGUCUUCGUGGAGUCAACGUCUCCGUCAUCAUCACUCCCCAAAACCUCCAAUACCUCUCUCCUCUCCUCUCAGCUCAUCCCUCCUCCGUAACCUCCGUCGUCUUCCCUUUCCCUCCUCAUCCUUCUCUCCCUCCUGGCGUCGAAAACGUUAAAGACAUCGGAAACUCUGGUAACCUCCCAAUCAUGGCCUCCCUUCGUCAGCUCCGUGACCCUAUCACCCUCUGGUUCCGUUCUCACCAAACUCCUCCUCCCGUUGCUCUCAUCUCUGACUUCUUCCUUGGAUGGACACAAGAUCUUUGCCACCAGAUCGGUAUCCCUCGCUUCGCCUUCUUCUCCUCUGGUCCUUUCUUGGCUUCAGUUCUUCAAUUCUGCUUCGAUAAUGUGAAAUCAAGAACGUUGGAACCGGUUCGUUUCUAUGAUCUUCCUCGUGCUCCUGUUUUCGAGGAGGAGCAUCUUCCGUCGGUGUUUCGACGCUCGUUGCAAUCGCCGUCGCCGGAUCUUGAAACCCUUAAAGCUGAAUACUCGAUGAAUUUUUUGAGCUACGGUUGCGUUUUCAACACGGCAGAGUGUUUGGAAGCAGAGUAUUUGGAGUAUGUGAAAAAAAGAGUUGGUCAUGACCGGGUUUACGGAGUUGGGCCGCUUUGUCUACUCGGUUUAGACCCGGUUAGUACGGUUAAAUCCAGUUCUUGUCCGUUGCUGAGUUGGCUAGACGGUUGUCCGGGACGGUCAGUGUUGUACAUAUGUUUCGGAAGUCAAAAGGCGUUGACCAAUGAUCAGUGUGAUGCUCUAGCACUUGGACUUGAAAAAAGCAUGACCCGGUUUGUAUGGGUGGUUAAGAAAGAUCCGGUACCCGAAGAUUUCGAGGAACGGGUUGCUGGUCGGGGGAUGGUUAUAAGAGGGUGGGCUCCGCAGCUUGAGGCUUUGCGACACGUGGCGGUUGGAGGGUUUUUGAGCCACUGUGGAUGGAACUCGGUGCUUGAAGGGCUAACGAGUGGAACCAUGAUUUUGGGAUGGCCAAUGGAGGCUGACCAGUUUGUGAACGCGAGGUUGUUGGUGGAGGAUUUGGAUGUGGCGGUUCGGGUUUGUGAAGGGGGUGGAACAGUGCCUGACCCGGAUGAACUUGGCCGGGUUAUAGGUGAAACAAUGGGUGAAAGUGGACGUGAGGUAAGAGCUAGGGUGGAGGAGAUGCAACGGAAGUUAGUGGGAUCAGUGACAGAAGGUAGCUCUUUUGCUGAUUUAGAAAGACUGGUUAGAGAUAUUGCUCUUAUUUAAGAUUCGGUGUCGAGAGAAAAUAAAUAAAUUUUUAUUGUAAAGAAGCAAAUGGUCAAAUAUUCAGAAGAAGCAAAUGAUCAUUUUGCAAAAGAAAAGAAGAAUGAUUUGUGUAUUCAUAUAUGUUCCAUUAUAUUUCGGUCGGAUCAUAGUUUCUGUUACAUAUUUUGCCUUUCAGACUGUACACCAUGAGUGAAGAUACCUCAAUGUGACAACUGCUUGCUUC